AUGACUCAAGUAGUUCAGGAGCCUACAAGGGUGACGCACACUACCUCAACGCUUAUAGAUUUUAUUAUUGUUUCUAAUGAAUUAACGGUGCGGGAUGCCCUUGUUGAUGAAACUCUAGCUGUAUCGGACCAUGCUCUGGUCUUCUGCAGCAUCGGACUGAGAAAGAUAAAUUCUAAUUCCCAUCAGUACAAACAAUUUAGAAAUCUUAAAAAUAUAAACUUGGAUUUAUUUGAGGCUGAUGUUAGCAAUUAUGGUUGGGAUUUAAUUUAUGAGUUGCAUGACAUUGACGACAAAAUUUCAUUCUUAAAUGCGGAAUUUUGCCAAAAGAAUAAGAUAUUUAAUGAUGAACAGUUAAAAUCGUUUAAUGUAUCUGACGAAAUAAAAAGAUUAAAUCAAACCAGUGGGCAAAGAUGUAUUAAAACCAAUCUUCCUUGGUAUUUAUUGCCGAGGCAAAUUACAGAAGGUUUUAAAACGCCGAAGAUUAUCCACGUAAUGAGGGACCCAAAAAAAGUGGUAAGAUCUUAUUAUCUUCAUUGUACUAAAUCUUUCCCAAUAUAUAAAGGCGAGUUGAACACUUUUGUGGAUUUGUAUAUUAAUGGAAAAGUAUUGGGUGGCGAUUACUUUAACGUUGUUUUAAGCUACUGGAAUCAACGAAACUUACCAAACAUACUGUUUUUGACGUGCGAAGAAAUCAAAUUAGAUACAAAAGGAGUUGUUAAUAAAGUAUCAAAAUUUCUUGGAAAAAGUUACAACGAAUCGGAAACUAAAGAACUUCUCGAAUAUCUUGGUUUUUAUGAGAGGAAACUCAAUAAAGCUGUUAAAAAGGAAGGUAUUGGCCAAACACCGCAUACUAAUAAAAACGAAUUAAACCAAGAUAUGGUUGAUAAAUUAGAUAAAUGGAUCUUGGAGAAUAUAAAAGGUACUAAUCUACCCUAUGAAUCAUCUUAA